AUGCGUGGUGCCCGACCGCUGUAUGGAGGGGUGCUUCAUCAGCUCACCCCCAGAGUAUUUACUCAGCCGUCUGCCCUCAGUCUCCAAGGAGGCUUUGCAAAAGUUUCCGUGGUUGCAUGGAGCCAAGAGGCCAGUGCAGGGGGCAGUCACUGGCCCAAAGCUGAUUCUGUUGGUUUUGAGUAUGAUACACAAGAAAUACCACUGAAUAAAGUGCCAGAGAAUGAAGCUCUUUCUCCCACACGUGUCACACAGAGGAUAUUUUUCAUAAUGAUUUAUCCAACAAGUAACUGAACAGUCUUGCCAGGGGUCUUGAGUCUAGAAUAUCUGGAAUAGCUGGUCUAGAAUAUCUGGAAGAGGGUAAACCUGAUUGUAAGCAUCCCCAGAGACAUAAAUUGCCUGAGGCAUAUGAAGGUCCCCUACUUGGAUCAGAAUCACAUACAAGAUAUAUGCAAAGAACUGGGGGAGAUGAAAUCUCCUCUGAUCUUAGAUGUAACAAUCCUCUCUCUUGUAGUUUGCAGCAAGCUGUAGUCCCUUUGUCAGCUCAGGCUUAACAAAGCAAACUGGCAUGAAAUUCCAGUGCAGAUCUGUGGAUACCUCUAUCACAUUGAACUGCUUGCUUCUGACAAUCAUCUCAAGUGUCUGCCUAAAGAAAGAGUUAACCUCAAAAAAAAAAAAAAAAAAAAAUCAAGGAAAUUUACCUCCAGAAAAAGAUUUGAAAGUUUUCCCAAGGAGCUUUGUCAUAUUGCUAAUUCAGAAAUAAUAGAUCUAAAGCAAAAUAUAAUCAGUGUCAUCACAGAAGAGGGAGGCUUUUUGACAAACCCAGUUAAGCCACUUUUAGCUUUUAAACUUUCCCCCAUUCCUCCUUCACUGCAACACUGCCAGAAGCUUGCUAUGCUGGAUCUGUCUCAUAAUCUCCUGCACAAGCUUCCCCCAGGUUUGAAGAAUCUCACUGAAAUGAGACUGCUCAAACUGCUUGCAGCCUGAAGAAGUUCCCACCAGAUCUGCUGCUGGUUGUCCCUUUGUGUUUAUAUAAAUGACAACUCCCUUGAUGGUAUUCCUAAAGGAAUAUGCACUAUGAUCCUGGAAGUAUUGGCCCUGGAUGACAAUCAGAUACAGGAGUUGUUUGGUCCUUUGUUUUAAUUUGUAUUUUAUUGAUACCUCCCUUUUGCAAAAUCUAAGUUCUUCAUUACAGCUGUGUGCCAUCUUUCUUUACUACAGUGAGAAGGCAUGUACCACCUGGUAUGCACCUGAACCUGGGUUAUUCAUCACUGUAUUCAGGCAGGGAGAAGAAAGCAAGAAUGUGGAAACACUGACCUUUGUGUUGAAUUACAAAGAUGAAAUCCCAAUUGGCUAGCCUGCUUCCAUUGUUUUGAGUCUUUAUUUUUUUUUUUUGUGUACACUGGAAAGUUAGAACUGCAUUUGCUUAGACUCAAUACUGUGAAGGUAGUGAGGCACUGGCACAGGUUGCCCAGAGAAGUUGUGGCUGCCAUCCCUGGAAGUGUUCAAAACCAGGUUGGAGGAGGCUUUGAGCAACCUGGUCUAGUGGAAGGUGUCCCUGCCUGUGGCAGGGGGGUUGGAGCUGGACUAUCUUUAAGGUCCCUUCCAACCCAAACCAUUCUGUGAUUCUACCACAAACUGAAACAGAGCAGAUGGCAAUUUAAAAAUGGAUGUAGUAUUAUUAAUGCCUUUAACACCACUAACAUUUGCAGUUCAUUUGAUUUGUUUGGAAGGAUGAUUCCAGGCAGGCAGAACACAUGCAUUUCUGCCGGAACCUGCCUUUCCAUCCUGUCUUAACUGAGGUGUAAAAAGGUGUUUUGAGAGUAUCCCUACACUUCUGCAAAACUCUUAUCUGAUGUUUUGACAGUCUUUAGUUAACAGUAUUUUGAAUGACUGCAAGCUGUCAAAUCCUUAGUGUCACAGCUCAUCUCUGAGGUAGCUUGGUGACAGUUUGUAAAACACCCGUGUACAACAGGCUUAUUUUAAAGCAGGGAGUCUGCAAAAUGCAAUAUUCAGCAAUGAUUCUGGGUCCUGCCAUGUCAUAACGCCUUUGUUAUUCAAAAUA